AUGGCCAUCCGCGUGCCGCUGUGGCUUGUGCUCUCCACCUUUGCCGCGUUCGCCCUGCUCCUCCGUCUGGAGAGCUCUGCAACAGCGCCACCGCCAGGGUUGGAACCAGGCGAGCUGCCCACUGCGCGCUUUGGACUAGUCCACGUGCCAAAGACGGGAGGGCUUGCGGUGCGGCAUGCACUCGGCGACCGGUGCGACGACAUCGUCAUCGAGAGGCGGGCGCACUCGACGGCGGAGAGCGACGUGCUCAAGGUGGGGCUCCGGCCGCUGGUCGUCCUUCGCGCGCCACUCGAGCGGCUGCAAUCCUCGUUUGACUUUUGGCAGCAGGGCUCGAGCGAGCUGUCCGCUCUCUCGCGCGGCAACCCGCAGGCCACGCUCCUUCUCAAGCCGGCGCGUCGGCUCCCGUGGAAAAGCUUCCUCGAUGGGCUGCUCAACGGCUCGUCGCCGCACCGCGCGACGGCGCAGCUUAUCGUCAACGCGCCACAGGCCCUCGCCAGCUGGGCAUGGUCGGCGCACUUUCACCCUCUCCGCCGCUUCGUCGACAAGGAGGACCCGAGAUCGGUCUACGUGUGCUACUCGAGGCGGCUGCUCGCACAGCGGCUCGCCUGCAUGGCGGCGGCGGUCGGCGUGCGCUGCCUCUUCAACGCCACCGGCAACGUCAACCCGACCCGCCGCCGGAAGCGCGCCGCCUCCGCCGAGCCGGUGGUGCCGCCCCACCUGCUGGCGCCGCUGCAACGGUACCUGAGCGACGACGAGGCAAUCUUCCGGCGCCACUGCGGCGCGUGCGCCGCGGAGGCGAGCUGCUGCCACUCUGGCCGCGACGCCGCCGGAGGAGCACAAGGCCGCCGGCCGCGCGACCUGCACAGCACGUUUCCUGUGAAGUGA